UGCAAUGCGCACGAAUACAUUCCGAGCACUUCAGUUCAAAAAGCUUGCGAAGCACAGAAGUUUGACUAAAAUGAAGUUUUCUUUUCGCAAGCAUAAUUUAUCUGGUCCCAUUCUUACAAUAUUUACAUCAUGGUCUAAAUCAAAUGAGACUGAUUUGAUGAGAAAUAACACUGUAAGAAACUGGUGCCUCUUCUCGCCUUAUUUAUACCCUAUCUUAUUCACAAACGACACGGGCCUAAAAAGAGAUGUCAGGGCUAUGGGAUGGGAUUCUCUUCCAAUUAUACACGCAGGAAAAGGAGUACCAGUCCUUAAACACAUGUAUUUAGACGCUAUGAAAAAAAUAAAGUCGCCCUUGUAUGCCUUUGUGAAUGGAAACAUCUUGUUUACCCAGUCUUUGCUGGAGACUCUUGUCUCAGUUCUUCAUUCAGAUCUUUACCAGAACGGGACAGUGUUGGUUGUUGAAAGAAGAACGAACGUAUUAAACGUGAAGCGAAAGACGGCAAUUGAUCUCAAAAAUCUUAUGAACGCAGCUGUGAAAAAUGACAGUGUGAUUACUUUUACGGAGCUGGAUUAUCUCAUCACAUCUAAGACGUUUCCUUGGCAAGAUAUGCCAGAAGUUGUCAUUGGUCGAGUUAGCUUCGACAAUUUAGUAGAAGAAUCAAAGAAGAGGAAGAUCGCAGUUCUUGGAGCAACAAAAACGUUAUUGGCGGUUCAACAAAUCACAAGACAGGUACCAAAAACCACACCGAGACUAAAAUAUCAAUCCGAUGAGGAUUUAUGAAAAGAUACACAAUGCGUUAGCAAGGUCGAGUGCUUCUAAAUAUUUCACUAGAUACGAUUCUAAAUUGCAAGUGUGCAUUAUGAAGAGCUGACCAUGUCUGUUUAGA